AUGGCCACCACCAUGGAUGUCGAGGCCCUCGUAGCCCAAAUGACCGAGAACUUGGCCGCCAUCCACACCACAAUCGCCGGACUUUCCACAAAAGAACACGAUGCGAAGCUGGACGAGCUAGAAGAGAAGCGAGACGCACUUCUCGAUGCCCUCCUCUCCGAAUACGAAGCCGAGCUCGAGGAGCUUACGGCCCAGCGAGCCAAAGAAGAAGAAGAAAUCACCGAGACCCGAAGGCGAGAGGACGAAGAGCGAGAAGCUCGCCGGAAGCAGGAAGAUGACGAGUUUCUUGCGCAAAAGGAUGCCCAGGAUGCCGAGCGAAGGGACAGACUCGCACGGGAAACCGAUCUCGUCGAAGAAGAGGCCGACGAAGGCAUCGAUGCCGUUGAGGCCGAGGUGCAGAAGCUCCUGCAGGAGGGACAGGCCAGGCUCACUGAGCUGGAGGAGAAGCGAAAGGAAAUCAACCGUUUGAUCGAUGAGCGGAUGAGCAACCCGAUACCCACAUUUGUGCCACGCAAGCGCACGAGGGCGAAGACCGCCGAUGCCCCCGCCGACAUUCCUGUCGACACCGACGCCGCGGCUGAUGUCCCCGUCGAUGCCGCGCCGCCGGCGGAUCCGGACACGAAGGACGACGCUUCCGUUGACGAUGCUCCCGCUGUGGCGGCUAAAUCCGCUGCACCCACCAACGGCCUUCUUGCCAUCGAAGCUGCCCCCAAUGCCGACGCCCUGAAGGAUGAUGAUACUUCCGACAAGGACGUGUCGCUUGCGGACGACUCCACUACCAGUAAGGAUGAGGUUUCCUUUCCUAGCCCGGCCGGAGACGACAGUGGUAACGAUGUGAAGGCCCAUGAAGACGCUGCGGCGCCGGCCUCUGAAGAGGCGGUCGCGGAGCGAGGUGGCGAGGACACUGAACCUGCCGCCCGCGGUGUGGAUGUGGCAGCAGAUGCUGCCGAGGAGGACGAGCCUGUCGCCGAAAAAGCAGAAGACAACGCUGAGGAUGAGGCGGAACCCAAAGAGACUCUCGAGACAAGGACGCGGUGGGAUGACCAUUCCAGCAACGGAGUUGUGUCGACCGAGAUCCCCGAACCUGAACCAAAAAAAUCCCAAGAUGCCGACGCCAGCGAGCUCAACGCUGAUCCUACCAAAACCGACGUAGAGGAUGUCGUUCAAGAACGGAGCGUCUCCCCAGUGGCCGACACGGCGCAAGAGCCAGCUUCGGUCACGAACGCCGAUCGCUCGGAAGACACCAUCACGAAUGAUGCAUCGGAUGCCGAGUCUGUUGACGAUGCACUGCCAGCCGAUGACCCUGCCCGAGAUCUGGAGUGUGCGGAGAAGGCCGAGGACGCCAGCAACAGAGAUCAAAGCUCGGACGAGCCCACAGAACAGUCAGUGCCAGCUGCCGACUACUACCACACUCGUUCGCCAGAGCCUGAGACCCGUGACGAAGUUGACAUUGAGCCGACAACUGAGCGUGAAAUAAGCGUCCUCGCCAACGACGAAGACGUUCCCACGCCUGAAGAGGUGUCCAAGUCUGAGUCUGCUGCAUUCGUCAACGACAAUGCCGCAGAGAGGGAAGCGUCUGUCAACUCAGGUGCCGAAGAGGACGCUGAGGUCGACCGAGAUGCAACGUCUUCAGUUCCGGUUGUGGCAAAUGGGGAGCCCACUACAGUCGCCAAUGGUGAGAUCUCAGCUUCCGAAGAGCCCGGCACAGCCCAAGAGAAGGACACGUCUUCAAUAGCUGCCGACAGCGACGAAGAGGACAAGACAACUAGCCCACUCGCUGUCGAUGACAGACCCGCGCCCAUUGUCGAGGUGAAUGAUGAUAUAGACGGGGUCUUGCCAGCAGUUCAUGACAGCAUCGGAACGGAAGACGACAAGCGCACACUCCAGCAUGACGCUUCCGACCAGAAGGCGUCCGAGCACGCUGACAUCGACACAUCUUCUCCCGCGGCAACUACGGAAGUGCCUCUCGAAGACGAUGAGCUGAAAGAUGCGGAUGAAAUAUCUGCGGAAAGGCUUUCUCAUGUCGAAGAGGCGCCGGAAGCAGCGUCUGCAGAGAAGACAAUCGGUAGCAACCCAUCUGAAGAACAGGAUAGAACUGUGGAGGCGGACGAAGUUCUUGAAGAAUCCGAAAAGCCAAUCGAGGCGCCCAAGCCGAAAUCCGCAUCGGGUUCAGUCGCAGCCGAUGAAGAAUCGAAGGCGCAACUAGCACUUUCAACGAAGUCGGUUGAGCCGGUUGAGGAUGACAUCCUGGCGACAGAGGAUGCUGGUCGACGUUCUGGGUCUCCGGGUUUCGCCGUCAAUGACCAGGACAAGCUCCUGAACCCCCCACAGCUGAGCGCUACGAGGCCGGAGACUGAGCUGGAGGAGUCGGAAUCCAGUGAGGCAGAUGCUGCUGUCGAGUCUAAGGACGCGCAGGCCACCACUUCCGAUCUGACCACCAAGUCCAUGGACGCACCCCAGGUCCAGGAAGCACCGGGACAUAUUGAGGUUGCGGCACAGGCCGACUCAAUCGUGGACAAAGUUGUGACGGAUGACAAUGUUGAUCUGACAAGGUCAUUUGGUGACGCUUCGUCCGUAGCUGUUGGGGCUGUUGGGCCUACUGUUCUGAACCAAGUCUCAGAGUCCGCAGCAUCCGACAGCUCUGAAAAGAUUUCUGAGCCGGAAGUUGUCAUCUCUUCGGCACCUUCCAACGUGGGACAAUCCAUGAAAGAUUCCCAUACGCCAGACAACAACGCUGCCGGCAGCAGUACAUAUGAGAGGAGUGUCGGUAGCGAACCGAACUCCAGCUCCCCCGAAGAGGAGUCUUUUUUUGGGAUUCCAGAAGAUACCGCCUUGGACGACGAAGCAGACCUUCACAGCGGAGAAAGUCCUGGCAUAGCAAAAGUGUCCAGCUUACAUGGCGAGGCCGAUCAGUCGGCCGAUCGGCAACCCCCGAUUCUGGGCAACGAGCGGAGCAUACCGGGUGAAGAAAGCCAUGAAAGGAAAUCUCGCGCAAUCAACGAGCCGUCCUCGCCGCUUGUUGACCCCGAUACGCCCAUCCCGAGCAUUGAACGGGACUAUGACUCCUCAGAUGACGAGGCGGGCGAUUUCGAAGCUGAUGCCAAAUAUGAACAGCAGAGGUCUUAUGCCCUCCCAGAAGAGACGCCAGAACCCAUCGAAGCCACGACGAGAUCUCCGGCCCCUCAAACAGCAACGACCCCGUCAGUGGAGCCCUUCAUUAGGGACUUGGACUACGACGAUGAGGAGUCAAAGGUUGAGGAGCUGCUAUCCACCAUCAAGCCACAGGAUGCUUCUGUCGAACUUAGAUCGGCCGAACGUUCAGUCUCUUCUUCGUUGGAUGCCGGCUCGGCGCAACCCGACGACGAAGAGGCCUUUUCCACGCGCGACCUGUCGCCAGCGGAUUCCGCAGUUGACAAGACCAGCAUUCCCGACUAUUACAACACGCGGUCUCGGUCGCCCACUCGGGUCUCGGAGAAGUCGCAUCUCGACGCCGUCAUAGGUCCCGAGACUGGACAUGAGCAAGUGCAGCAACAAGACAGGCCGGUAAGCCCAGUCGCCUCUGAGUACAUUGAAGAUACGACUGUCAAAAGUUUUCGUGACGACGUGGAUGAACUUGCGCCCGCAAUCGCAGCGGGCCAUAUCAACAACACGGCUGUCCCGGCUGAGACCGACAACCUCGUCCCCAUGCCUCUCAAGACAAGAAAUUAUGCGCUCGCCGAAGACCCCGCCGUGGCUUACGACGAUUGGGAGACCUCCCCCGACGCCUCCGUCGACGGCGAGUCCCGGUUCUCCUCAACGAGGACGCCGUGGGAUGCUGCUCACAUUGAGCACGAGUCAGACGACAUGGCUGCAGCCGGACUGGAACUGAGUGACGAUGAGGAUGAAUUUCACCUCGAAUCUACCAGACUGCGGUCUGAACCAGCCAAACGGACGUACGACCUUCCUUCAAUGAGCCCUACCAAAUCUAGCUACGAUCUUCCCUCGAAGAGCCCGACCAAGUCGACGUAUGAUUUGCCAUCAAUGAGCCCAAUGAGGUCGAACCAUGAUCACCCUUCGUCCAGUCGAGCUGCCGAGCCAGCUUCCGUCGAUGGCUACGAUUCGCGCGAGAGCUCGGAGCAGCCGAGUUCGCUGGAUCUGUAUCAGGCACAUGAUCGUGACGAGUCCUUCCACGAGAAGCCUCGGGAAAAGUCGACGAAUUGGCAGCUUCCCGAAGACGAAGAGUCCGAGAGACACCGAUACUUCCGCACCCAUCUCCCCACGUCAAGCGACAUGAACCCCGCCAACUCAACGGUUCUGACGGACAUUCGUGGCCAGGAAACAGUGUUCGAAGACGGUGCCUACAGCACGGAUGCCAGUGAAUUUGACUCUGAAGUCGAGGCUGAGGCAGCGAUGGCAGCGAUGAAGAGGUCCGUCACCAGCCCAACAGAGCGGUUCGACGGCUUCGUCAGGGAACAGACCAUUCGUGUCGUUGACGAGCCCAACUCUGGUCCCAAGUCAUCAGAUAUGACGCCGCGGGCGGGGCAACCGACACCUCUGUUGCUGCCCAGAUCAGAGAUGCGCGAUGCCGAACCCAGUCCUCUCGCCCUGCGCUACUCGCAAUCAUCCAGUCCCACGCGGGGUCUCGCGUACAGCAAGCACAACCCCGACCGCCCUCGGACGCCGCCAGAGUUUGACCCUGAAGCAUUCAUGCCAAAGGACGUCAUGAAUGUGCCAUGGCAUGCGCGGCAUGACUCUGUGCCAGUUUCGCUGCGCAGUCAGAGCACGCUCGACACGGCGGCCUCGUCGCCCGUGCACUCGGCCCUGCAUGCUGACCGGUAUGAGCCUACGAUACGCGACUCGUGGCCCCGACGAGCACGUAACGACUCGAGCGCAAUGGAUGACUACGACCCGUUUCGCGAUGCUGGCGCAAAGUUCCCUCGGCAAACCUACGUCCCACCGGUAGCCCACCAGUCACCGCAACGCAACUCCAUGUCGAGCGUCGCACCCGGCGGGAACAAUACGGGCUCGCCGGGCAGCCUCUUCCACAAGAUGCGCAGCGUCUUUGAGAAGCCCGGGUCAGAAGCGCCACAUCCGUCUGGCACGUCUGCCUCAGAGACCGGGAGCCCGAUCAAAUCACGACCAGGCUCCGGUGUGUGGCCACCGGUCAGGACGGCGCGGCCUCUGUCGGAUCUGCCAGAUGACAAUGGUCUGAUGGGCUACAAGCGGCAGAUGGGCCUGUUCAACGAGCGGGCCGAGGACCGCGACGAAAGGAGCGGGCUGCUCCGGAACGCGCGUAGCAGCUACGAGGGGUCAGGUUAUUGA